ACUUUGAAAAUUGUAAUCUUUAUUUAUUUUUCCUCAUCGCAUGAUUGCUUAGGUCACAGUUAAUAUUUUGUAGGUAGGGCGUAGUUAGUGGAAUUCUAAACGAUUAAUAUGAUGAGUGGGUUAUUUAAGAGUAGUAGUAGAAAUGGUGCUUGUGAUAAUGACAAUGAUUCUUCUGCAUCAUUUACAAGCGAAGGAUCAAAUGAGAAUUCUGGUAUCUUGAUCAUGAGUGCCAAAUAAGUUUUUGAGUUGGGUCAGUUGGCAUGUGCCUGAUAAUAGUAGAUUGAGCCUGUUGCCUGUCCCAAAUGUGAAAAUGUUGGCUGGUCGAGUGAGUAAUUAUUCUGGGAAAGGAAAAUUCUCAUCUACCGAUAGUUGUCUUGUUUUGAGUCGAUUCUUGCAGGCUAAUGGUCCUUGGAGAAUUGAUCAGAUGAAGAGCCGUGCUCACUGCUUAUAUUUCUCUGUUUCUGAUGAUGGCACUCCUUUUGCUGCAGGAUUUCAGGGAGGCCACAUUAGGGUAUAUAAUGUGGACAGUGGAUGGAAACUUCAGAAGGAUAUCUUGACCAAAAAUAUGAGAUGGACAAUUACUGAUACAUGUCUUUCGCCUGAUUGGCGACAUCUUGUGUACGCUAGCACGCCACCCAUUGUGCAUAUUGUAGACGUUGGAUCUUCUACGACUGAGUCACUUGCAAAUAUGGAAUCUCAGUGGUUAAAACACUGAAGGACAGACCCUGAUACUUCACUAUGUUCACCCACCAUGUUUCGGAGGCUGGAAAGCCCAUAAAGUUUGUUGUGCGUGGAAGUAAUCUGUUGCGCUUGCAGCCCAAAAUUAGGAUACCGAAAUGAGGUUGAAUGGCAAGUUGGGAAUGAUGAAAAACUCAACUGCCGUUGGUAAAAAUGGCAUGAUUCCACUUUUACGAAGAGCAUUCCGUGCGACAGUAUUUUUAAUUUCUACAUUGCUGUUUGUUUGGGUGCAUGUGCCAUCCUUCUCGACCGUACUAAGGUUAGCAAACUUGCAAUAAACAGUAAGCAGAUGUUUGGCAGACCGAUGUUAGGGGGAAUAUAUGACUCUGCUCAUUCCAUUGCUCACACUAUUAGAUCAAAUUGAGCUGCCUCGAGCUUCGGCUCGGGAACUAGAUAUCCAGCUGUCAGUGUUUGUAUACUAGUACUAUCUCUAGGCACUGCCUGGAUCCUGUGUCUUGAUCAGUUUGCCAUUGUCAAGUGAUGGCAUUUAGAAAAGCUUUGAGCUUUUUUUUCUUGUUUUCUUUUGUAUGACAAGAAUUGUUUGUUAGGCUUGUCUGUAUCUUCUUGUUGCAGUCGAUUUGAGCUGAAGCUAUAGGUAUUUAUCUGUUUGGUUGAGUAUUUUCUUCGAGACAGUAAUUGCUAAAGGAUGAUAAUUUUUCAAUGUUCGAACCACGAUGCAAUCAAUAUUAUUUGCAUA